AUGAAUCAACAAGGAUUAUCAUAUACCGAUCAAAUGGAAAUUCAAGCAAAGAGUAAUCAAACUCCUCCUGUUCAUCAAUUAGAUGCAACAUGGACACUUUUCACAGAUAAAAAACAAUAUCAAUCAAAUACAGCAACAUCACAUCAAGAUUAUUUAUCAACUUUAACAAAUAUAGGUUCAUUCUCAUCAGUUGAAGAUUUUUGGGGAUAUUAUCAUCAAUUACAAAGACCAUCAAAAAUGCAAGCAGAUACAACCUAUCAUUUAUUUAAGAGUGGAAUUAGUCCAACAUGGGAAGAUCCAGAGAAUAUUAAAGGUGGAAAAUGGGUAAUUAAUUUUCAAAAGAGUACUAGAUUCAUAUUUAAUGUCGAUUUAAUUUGGGAGGAUAUUGUAUUGGGUGUCGUUGGUGAAACCAUCGAUAUCGAUAGAGAUAUUUGUGGUGUUGUUUUAAGUAAACGUGAUCAAGCAGAGAGAAUAGCAAUUUGGAAUAAAGAUUGUUCAAACGAAAAGAAUAUAGAACAAUUGAAAAUCAACAUUAUGAAUACAAUCGCUCAAGGUUGUCAAGGUGCAGAUUUAAAUAAAUUAAAUAUUCGUUACCAAUCUCACAGCACUUUCUCUUCCCAUAACACAACUCCAACCAUCACUCCAUCCUCUUCUUCAACUUCUUUAUCAUCUUUAGCAGGUUCAACCAAUUCAACCACCGCCACCGCAACCACCACCCCUUUCUAUAAAUCAAAUUCGAAUAGUUCAAGUAAUAAUUUAAACCUUUUAGCUAAUAGUGGUAAUAAUGUAAAUACAAAUCAAACCCAACAACAACAACAACAACAACAAUCUUUACCAAAUUCAACAUCAAAAUCUGAUAAUUUAAAUAAUAGUGGUUCAAAUAGUUUAACUUCAAGUAAUGAAAAUGUUUCAGUAAAUGAAAACACUUCAAAAGCCAAUUAA